AUGACCGGCUCCCUGCCCUCCAACAACCCCAGCAAUCAGCUGCGGCCUGCCCACACCCUGCCCCCUCCAAGCUUUGCGAACCACCUUUGUUCUGCCAGGGAGGCCAAUUUCGAUACCGCCAACCCGCCCUAUAUCCGCAAAUACCUGCGAACGUACGGUCUGACUCCGCCCCGCGCUGAGAGCUACGAGGUCCAGAAGACAAGAUGCCUCGCGCAAUUGGCCCUGAAAUCGACGCCCAUUGAGAAAUACCUCUACCUGAGCACCCUCCGCAAGAACAAUGUGCACCUCUUCUACCGCUUGGUGGUCGACCAUCUCAAGGAAUUGACCCCCUUGAUCUACACCCCCGUCGUGGGUGAAGCUUGCCAGCGAUGGUCAGAGAUCUACCAACAGCCAGAAGGCAUGUAUCUCAGUUACGAAGACAAAGGCAACAUCGCAGCCGUGAUUGCCAACUGGCCGCAGCCCAACGUCGAGAUUACUGUCAUCACGGACGGAUCGCGAAUCCUGGGUCUGGGUGAUCUGGGGAUCAACGGCAUGGGCAUUCCCAUUGGCAAGCUGGCUCUGUACACGGCCUGCGCCGGAAUCCGGCCAGAGGCGACUCUGCCUCUGACGCUGGACCUGGGCACCAGCAACAAGGCGUUCCGGGAAGAUCCCCUCUAUAUGGGCAGUCGCCGGGAUAAGGUGUCUCCCGAGGAGGAGCAGGAGUUCAUGGACGAGCUGAUGGAUGCCCUGACGGAACGAUGGCCUGGGAUUGUCAUUCAAUUCGAGGACUUCAAGAACCCCUUCCCCGCUCUGGAGCGCUACCGACACAAGUACACCUGCUUCAAUGACGACAUCCAGGGAACGGGUGCGGUGAUCUUGGGAGGCAUCAUCAAUGCGGUGAAGCGUUCCGGGGUGCCGCCCAAGGA